UCAAUGGUCAGUUGGUGAGAUCAGAGGAAGUUAACACCCAAAUGAUGAGCUAAUGGUGUUAAAAAGAAGAGCUUUAAUUAUAGAGUGAAGAGAAAGACUGUCAGAAACAGAAAAUGGCUGAUAAGCGUCACAUGUGUCUGCUGGGACGGAUCAUUCUCUGUGCACUUCUCACAGGUAUCAGUGGAGCAGAAGUGACUGAAGUGUUCUUUAGUUCUGGUGAAGAUGUCCGUCUGUCCUGUAAUAAUGCUCUUCCUGGCUGCAAAUCAACUACAUGGAGCUAUGGCAGACCGUCAGGGACAGGGACAGUUGAACUGAUUGCUUUAGGAGUAAAGAAAACUGACACAGAGAGACACCAGAGACUGAGUCUGGGCUCUGACUGCUCUCUGAACAUCAAGAAAGUCACAAAAGAAGAUCGUGGACGUUACUUCUGCAGACAAUAUGUGAAUGGACGACAACAUGGAGAUGAUGCACGUGUUUCUCUGCAUGUUCUUCAUGUGUCUUCAUCAUCCUCACAGUCUGAGAUCAGAUCAGGCUGCUCUCUGACUCUCUUCUGUCAGUUAUAUAAUUAUGAUCAAGUCUCUUGUGAUACUUCAGUCCAUUCUGAGCGUCUUCAUCUGAUCUGGGUGAAUCAGGCUGGUGUGAAUCUGCAGACAGACUCCAGAUUUCAGAUCUCAUUCUCCUCAGGACAGUGUAACAUCUCUCUGACUACAACACUCCUGAAUGAAGAUCACAACAGAGAGUGGAGAUGUCAGCUUAAACACAGAGAUCAACUGAAGACCUCAGCCACAUAUACUGUCAAGUAUCCAACUCCAAGCGAAACAAAUCCACCGUCUCCAGUCACCAGCUCUAAAUCAGCUUCAGCUCCUACACAAGCAGCUUCAGCUGAUUCAACACUGAUUCCAGUCAGCAGCUCAAACUCUGAGAAGAAAUCAAGUCAAACUACAGCAGCUUCUACAGAACAAGUGACACAGACUCCUCAAACCCCCGAGACAACAGCUACACAGAGAGGUAUUUCUAUAUGUCUUACUCAUCUCAGUGGUUUAAUGUGACUCUUACA